AUGUCAACUACCUACAGCGAGGAAUUCCAAACAGCUUCAGAAGGCCUAGACCAAGUAACUCCCAGCCAGUGGAAAGCCAUCCUCCGACGCAAUGGACUACAAACAGCCGCGUCUACGGAAAUCACCGAUCCGUUCACGGCCAGCCAGCUCAGAGCGAACCUCGAGCACCAUAAGCAAACGUAUCCUCAGCCGGACGAGGAUGCUUGGCCCAGCUGCUCCGGCUCCACGAACCCCUUCACAUCGAUACAGCUCCAGAUAAUACACGGGUCGCAUGUAUACACCGCUCGAUCGAUGAAGAAGAAGAAGAAGAAGAAGCUUGGAACCAAGCAUCCUGCCUUGCAAGGCCCCGUGCUUGAGCCCGGCCGGCCGAGCAACCGGGACCGCUCUGUACAUCGUGGUGAUCCCAGGAAACGACGCGGCGCUGUCAACGUGAAGCCAAUUGGACUGCGUCGCGCCGCUUCCAGUGACAAGCCAACCCAGCUGGCCAACCACACUGAUUACCACAAGACAAAGAAACAGGUCCAUAUUGCUGCUCAAAGCAAGCCGAAGAAAGGGAUCCGCAUCCACACCCCUGAGCGCGGCGAGUCCAGCAAGCAGGGCUCGCGUGCUGGUGCUCGACUAAGACAAAGCCAACAGGGAAGAAAGGACUCUCCUACGGCCAACCUCCCAGCCGUAAUCUGCCGGCAGAGCAUCACCAGGGCCACGCUCAAAUUGGGCUCGGAACUCCUCAAUAUCAGCACGCAGAAGAUUGGGCUGUCGGAGGAGCACGUCCUCCACACCACGAAGGAGGUGGCUCUCACCCAGUCGCAGCAUGACUUCGGCAUCAGAUUAUGCAUUGCCAGGCUGCCCUCGGAGGAUACAUCAUGGAAAGCACUGACCUGGCCGCUUGAACUGGAUCUCUUCUUCGAUCCCAACAGCGAUGCCGUGCUGCUGGUCAACAAUACAAUCUUGGACACUCGGGAGUUGCUUGUCAUCAUGCCAAUGGCACCAGGGGAAAAGCCAACCAGAAUUGGCGCUCUUGAAAAGGCAGCUCUCGAGUCCUCGUCUUCAUAUGCCUUUUUCGUGUCGAAUAGGCACAUGUUUGACAUUUCUGUCCUCCCACGACGCUAUGUGGCCUCGACCUCGGCGCCUCUAAGACUGCUGACACAAGGCGGCAAGAGGACGGUCGAUGUGCUGUCGCAGCAAGCCAUGCCGUCGGCAGCCAAGAGGACCAAGACAGAGGCGACACAUGGCCAGUCGAAACCCUACUGGGAUGGCGAAAUGAAGCAGACAAAGAAUUUUGCAAAAGACAAAGGAAAAGAGGUAAUUGACUUGGUGAGGGACAAGAGUAAAGGAAAGGGCAAGGCAACCAAUGACACGCCCGAUACAUCGGAGGCAACUGAUGUACUAGAGGCAACCAACGGACAUGGAUCACCAGACGGGGAAGAGAAAGCAGACAGCCAAGAGGCGACCGAUCCAUCGAACGCGUCCACUGCCGUUCAGACGCAGUCAUCUAACGAGCUCGUUCUCGCAAGCGCUUCUCCGUUUCCCAGCGGUUCGGAUAUCCGAGCCGGAUACAUUUCCGCUGCCAGCCAUCCGUUGAACGAUCUUCCCGUGAAUUCUUCCAUCAAGAUUGCCAAUGCCACCAGGGAGAGCGACUACACGCUUGUCCGCAGGGACAACAUUGCAAGGCAAGCCAGCACCUUGGUUUUCAAGGCUCACCACUCCAAGAUCCCAGGCAAGCUGGUGGCAGUCAAGAUAUGGCACAGUGUAUUCGAUCUCGACUUCAUUCCCGAUGCGGGCGUGAAGGUUAUAUCCCAAGUCAGCGAGUAUUUCCUGCGCGAAGUGAAGAAUCACAUGAAAGUGAGCAAUCAUAGCACAUCGAUGCGUGUGACUUGGCCAAUUGUCGCCAACCCGGAAGAAAUCCCUACUCCGUCGAAUAUCCUCUACAGCAAGGAGAGGGGCCCGGUGCUCAUCGACUUCGGAUGGUCGACUGACUCGGAGACUGUUCACGUCGCCGGAAGCCCUUGGUAUGUCCCGCCCGAAUACCCAAAGGAGGGCACGCGCGGCCCGGCGGGCGACAUCUUUGCCUUUGGGGUUGUCAUGCUUUUCCUGAUGCGCAAGAUUCCGCUUCCAGAGCUUCUCUCGCCACCACUGAGGUGGCGCAUUGGCAAUCUUCGAUCAAAGGGCCCCGAAGCCCUCGAGGCCUUGGAAACGAUGACCAAGUGGAGUAGAUGUGAGGAGAUAGCAAGACUGGAGGCAUGUGGCUACUAG